UCCGAGUCGGAAGCCCGUCAGUGUCUCGCGAGUCGUGGUGUCGUGUGCACGUGCCGCUGCCUACUCUAUCGCGACCGACGCAGUGCCGGUAACACGGUCAUCGGAAAAGUGCAUGUGCGUUUUCCGUCGAGAGCAUUGUGUGUGCUUGUGAGAUGUGCUAUUGUUUUCUAGAUGUCGUUCAUAUCCUGAAUACCCACGAAUCCGUAUGAGGAAGUAAAUGUGCCGGGCGGCCCUCAGGAGUAGCUGUACUGACUGUCCCCCCGCGUCGGCGCCACAGACCCCGGUGUGUGUGUGUGAGUGAGCCGCGCCCCGCGCCCCGCGCCCCUCGCCCCUGUCGGUGCUCGCCGGAGUCUCGGACUCGGCCGGCCCCCCCGCCACAGCCGUGGAUAACCUCGGCCAGAGCCCGCUCCCCGUCAAGCGGUUGCACGAAGCGCUGCAGAGUGCACAGGUGAAGCGGCAGCGGCUCUCGCCCCCCUACCCCGCGCCCGCCCCGCUGCACCCCAUCCACCAGCUCGCGGUGCACCAGCACAUCAAGGUGCAGCAGAGUAUAGUGCAGCAGAGCAUCGUGCAGCAGCACCAGCUGAACCUGGCCCACCUGCAGCAGCAGAGCCUGCAGGCGGGCGGGCUGCCGGGCGCGGGCGCUCCGCCGUCGUCGCAGGCCGCGGUGGUGCCGCCGCAGCCGUCCCCCACGCCGUCGUCCCCGCAUCACAAGACCAUGGAGCUCGCGCUCUGCCAGAGCAUGGACUCCGUCAACACCGCCACCACGGAGGAAGAGGUGCGGACUCUUUUUGUGAGCGGCCUGCCCAUGGACGCCAAGCCUCGAGAACUAUACCUGUUGUUCCGAGCAUAUGAGGGCUACGAGGGAUCACUACUGAAAGUGACCAGCAAGAAUGGCAAAACAGCAUCGCCGGUGGGGUUCGUGACGUUCCACACUCGCGCCGGCGCGGAAGCCGCCAAGCAGGACCUUCAGCAGGGUGUCCGGUUCGACCCCGACAUGCCGCAAACGAUUCGGCUGGAGUUCGCUAAAAGCAACACGAAGGUCAGCAAGCCCAAGCCGGCAGUUGCCACGGCCGCGCCAGCCGCACACCCCGCAUUGAUGCACCCUCUCACUGGACACUUAGCGUCGCCAUUCUUCCCCGGAGGAGGGGAGUUGUGGCACCACCCGCUGGCGUACGGGGGCGAGCUGCCGACGCUGUCGCACGGGCUGGUGCACCCCGCCAUCCACCCACAGAUGGCUCCCACCCCCCUGACGCUAGGAGCGUGCGUCCUGCCGGCGCCGGCGCUGGGCUCGCCCGGGGCCGCCGGCCCGCCCCCCGCGCACCCCGGCCACCCCUCGCACGCCGCGCACCCCGCGCCCCCCUGCUCCACCCUCUUCGUCGCCAAUCUCGGCCAGUUCGUCUCUGAGCACGAACUCAAGGAGAUAUUCAGCAGCUGCCCCGGGUUCUCGCGGCUGCGGCUGCUGGCGGGCGGCGCGGGCGGCUCGGCGGCUCCCGUCGCCUUCGUAGACUUCGCCAGCGCCACGGACGCGGGCGCUGCGCUGUCGCGCCUGCAGGGCGCCCUGCUCCUCAGCUCGGAGGGCGCCAUCCAUCUCGAAUACGCCCGGCACAAGAUGGCGCACAACGGCUGGAUUCUCGCGCACGAAGGAGCCAAAGGCGGAGAAGAGGGCGAACAACAUUAGCUCGUUCGUGAGUCUCGGGACCUGACAACCAGCGCACUGAGGGACGCCGCAUCUUGAUCUCCAACACCGCAUCGUCACACAACCCUGGUAUGGAGCCAGCAACAGCUGCUGCUAUACCGACUGUCCUUACGGCUAGUGGAUCAAGAUUCAAAUCAACACCAACUAUCAAACAACGAUCCGGUAAUUUUGUCAUUAAUUAUAGCAAAAGCUCUCGUCUCCUCUAGACAAAGUUUUUUAUAAUUUGACAGCGCAACUUGUGGUGUGGUGGUUUUAUCGUUGAAACCAAAUUUAAUUUAGGUUUUUAUUAACAUUCCAGAUUAUGUUUACCGUUCAUAAUGACAAUAUUAUUAAUAUUAUUAUUUAAAAUUGAAAAGUUUCUUGACUAUCUUGUGAAGUCCUUUAUUUGUUUAAACUCUAUAUUUUUUGUACUAUAAGAUUUAUUUACAACUAACUUAUUCUAUGCUUUUGUAAUAAUCAUUUGUACGUGACCGAUGUAUACAAUGGAGAGGAUUUGUUAUGAGCAUAGUUUGUAACAGAAAUUAAUCAUUUUAGGAUACUUCUCAUUGGAAUAAGCUAAAAACCAAAGGUGCCCUUCAUAGAACGAUUACGUUUUGUUAAUAAUAUUUCAAGUUGAAUGGUUUUAAAUGAAGUUGUAUUUAAUGAUUACGAUACCUUUAUGUUUUAGCCUCGAUAAUGUUAGCGUAUUUUAAUAAAUUUUCAUGACUAUUUCAAAUUAUAUUUACCUAAUACUUUCUUAGUAAUUUUAUAUUGUUCAUCACUCGUUAAAGCGCUGGCACUCUAGCGUUGGUCUUACGAUCCUUUCUAUUCUAUAUUUAAUGGAGUAAUUGCAAUAAUUGUGGGUAUGAGAUGAGGCACUGUGACUGUCGCGGGGUGACGCGGUGGAGGCGCCCCGCAGGCGAGGGAGGGGGCGGCCGCGGGGCGCGGGGGGGACCCUCGGUGCCGCCGGAGUGCAAUACGGACCCGGCCUGGACCGCGCACAUCGCACACUCGCUACCAACACACGUCCCAUCACUAGAUCCGACUCGUACGAACGUACGACUAAUUCAGAACGACAGCUACCACACUCUAUAAGUUCUCUAAUUUUAUAUCCAUCAAAAUCCAUUCCAUGUGCCUUGAUAAAAUUUCACCUUUCAAAUAAGUAUACUCCAAAUUGUUUUGUUAUUUUCAUGAUUGUAAGUGGGCUUUGUUCUGAAAGUUCGAACAGUUCGUUAUCAGAGGGAUGAGCUAGGAUGUUAGCCGCCCCCGCGCGUACUAACUUCAUGAAAGAGCCGGCUAUUCACAGCGCAGGCCAGAGAAUGAGCGGUGCGCGGCCGGUCGGGGACGAUUUGUUGCGAGAAUUUAGCCUUGGCCUUAUGAGAGUAAAUAUAAUCAUUAAUUAUAAUUAAUAAUUAUUGUAAGUAACAGGCGAGUGCGCCGACGCUGAUAGAGAAACAAUUAUUCUAUUAUCUGCAUGCUUCGACGAGCUUUUUGGUAAUAAUCUAAUUUUAAAUCUAGUAGUUACUUUUAUUGUGUAAUCGUUAGUUAAAUACCAUUAAAUGUAGAUAAGGGUAUUUAUUGUAGUGGAACAGCAUAGUUACAUUACUAUUUAAUGAAAGUUAUUCAUACAUAAUAAUGAAACAAUGUAGUUAAAAUCUACUGACGUUUUAGAAUGUAACAAAAUGAAAUAUUAAUAUAUUUUUUAUUUUUAGCUAGUGGACUAUCGCAUAUACAGAAUACUUAGUUACCUACAAAAUAUCUUGAGGAAAACGCGGUGACGUUAUAAAGUACAGAUCAGUACGACUUAGCAAUAAACCAAAAAUGAAAUCUUAAUGUUAAAUAGGUAUCUAGUGUCGUAUUCUGCAGUUAUAUAAUCAUGUAAAAAGAGAAAAAACAAAAAAAAAACCCUGCUUAGGCUACUAAGAUAAGAUUUUGAAUAUUUUGGGUUAACCUGUUUGUUGACACGGGAGGAGAGCAUCCGCGGAAACGCACCGGUUCUGCGUUCAGCCGCGUCGGAACCGCGGCAGACCGCGCGUUCUCUAGCGUUUCGUCGCUAUGACGUCACGGCGGCGGCGACCGGUGCGGGCGGCCUCACACUCCGCAUGUGAAUUCUUAUGAAAAUCUCUUAGUCAAUAUAAAUAAAUAAAAUUGUCAAUUUUUGACUUAGCAAAAUUUUAUACAUUGUUUAUAGUGAUUAUAACCAUCAUAAUGUACCGAGCGUCGUGGCGUAUAGACCAAAGAAUAAAGGAUAUUUAAAAAUAAUUUAUAAUAAUAACCUCAGACCGUACCAAAUUUGUAUUUUGUAGGCACACUUGUACUGUUUUAUAUGACGGAAACAUUUAAAGCAAGCCGUUCGACGAUCAGUUGUACAAAACAAAAUAUAAAUUGACCUUAUAUCAAUUCUGAGAAAAUCCUAGAUUCGGACUUAUAAUAUUCGUAAUAACAAUGUGUCGAUUUUCAUAAUUAAGCUAAGUCAGUGUGUUUACUUAUUUAUUUCUAUAUAUUAUGCUAAUUCGUAUGUAAGUAUUGUGUAAUGUAGUGAUCUCCCAAACCUCCGGCAGCCGGCGUCUCGCGACGUUGAAACUGACUAAAUACAACGAAAAGUUUUAUUUCCUUUUCUGUUGAUUGUUUUGAUGAUUUGAUAACUCUCGUUUAAGCUUUUAACCAGCCACAAGACAAGUCUUUAUCUUAAAUGGAGUGAUCAAUCGUGCUAAAUCUCAUUUCGAAUAGUUUCGUCGGCCAUUUUGUUCUGUUGUUAUUUCAAGAUUGCGGCUUCGAACAAGAUGGCUGACUAGCGUGUAGCGCGCGGGACGCCGGCGCCGCCAUGAUUCCGUCCAAGAACCGUAGGUAGCGAGUAAGAAACGUCCAGUGGCUACGGACACAUCUAGCCGUCACCUUAUGCGGGACUACUCGAUACAUAUCAUCGUGUAAUAUUAAUGUGUAAUUUAGUAAUAACGAGCGGUUUCAUAGAGACGUUUAUUCUGUAUUCUUGUCUACUAUUUACUGUAUUGCAAUCGGCUAUUUGUCACGCUAAAAUAAACGUGUUCUUUCGUACUUUACCGCUUAAAACGUUUUCUACAUUACUUUGCUUACAAACCUUUGUCUUUGAUAAACGGCUUUGAUACGUUUUUGUGUGUUUACAAAAUUAAUGUUGACCUUGACUAUCUUCGUAUCUGUGUAUCGCUGAAAGAGUAAUAUUUUCCUAAGGUUUACUAUUAUAUCGAGUAGAUUGGUGUUUGGAUAGAGAAGUGACGAGCAGAGCGUGACAAUGCCCGCGUGUGAUAGGGUAGAGUAGGGGUAGAGCGACGCCUUGCAAGUUAGGUUUAAGGAAGCGGUAACAUACAAACACCGUUCAUCGGAACAUAUCAAUUCUGUGCCCCUUAAAAUUUAGUUAAAUCUAAGCUAAGAGAUACAUAUUAAAUAGAAUUUAAAAGAAUCAAUUAUUCGUUCGGAGUAUCUAAUACUAAAUGCUAUUUCGUAAUAAUUUAGUCUUGAUUUGUUUUCAUAAUAAAUAUACAGUUGAAGUAGAGGCAGCGUUAUGUCAUACGAGUAUUGUUUACGUUCUACCGCAGUAGACUAUGUUACAUUAUUGUUCUUUUUAAACAGAUUAGUUUAUAAUGCUUAUUUACCAAAACCCAUGUAAUAAUUUGCUUCAAGUUCAGUAUUAGUGACCAUGAUUUCAAUCGGUGGCAACAAGUUAGAGAGUUACUGAGAACUUAUUUGUAUAUCGAGCAAAAUAAACUAUACAAACUAUAUAGUUAGUAAUUAAUUGUUAGAUUUGUGUGACUUGAAUCAUUUAAAUGCUUUUAGGUCAAAUAAAGUGUUAUUGUGGUAUAAGAAAAAAAACAUAAUGACAUUGUAAAAAUAGUUAUAAAUUUAGCUUAAUUAUCAUUAUUAUAACUUUUAUAGAUGUUCAUUAAUUUUCUUUUCUUACUUCAUGGAGUAUUGUGGCAUUGGAGACGUCAUUGUUAAUUCAAAUAAAUUUGAGCUCAUCCUCAA